AUGAAUUUCCGUAAUCUGAUAGCUUCCGGUUCUCGUCUCGGGAAGAGGUUCUGCACGACGGUCUUCGCUCCGGCGGCGGAUGGCGUCGAAGCCUCUGUUUCUGCUCCGACGGCGGCGUCAAGGAAGCGAAUGAUUUACCAAAAACUGUCGAAGCUUCCUGUGACGGGAGGGACAGUGGCACAGACGUUGAAUCAGUUCGUCAUGGAGGGUAUUACGGUCAGAAAAGAAGAGCUCUUUCGCUGCGCUAAGGACCUUCGCAAAUUCCGUCGACAUCAACACUCCCUUGAGAUCUUUGAAUGGAUGGAGAUGAGGAAAAUGACACUUUCUGUCUCGGAUCAUGCAAUUCGUUUGGAUCUAAUUGCAAAAACCAAAGGCUUAGAAGCGGCUGAAAACUACUUUAACAACUUAGAUCCUUAUGCAAAGAAUCAUCAAUCGACUUAUGGGGCGCUCAUGAACUGUUACUGUGUGGAACUCAAGGGAGAAAAGGCAAAGGCUCAUUUUGAGAAAAUGGAUGAGCUCAAGUUUGUUAACAAUUCGUUGCCUUUUAAUAACAUGAUGUCUAUGUACAUGCGGUUGGGUCUGCCCGAGAAGGUACAAGUGCUUGUGGAUGCGAUGAAACAGAGGGAUAUAUCUCGCUGUGGGAUCACGUACUCUAUAUGGAUGCAGAGCUGUGCAAGCUUAAACGACUUGGACGGAUUAGACAAGAUUAGAGAUGAAAUGGGCAAAGACAGUGAAGCUAAAACCACUUGGAAUACUUUCUCUAACCUGGCAGCAAUCUACACCAAAGCUGGUCUUUACGACAAGGCGGAAUCUGCGCUGAAAUCUAUGGAGGAGAAGAUGAAUCCUAACAACCGCGAUUCCCACCAUUUUCUCAUUAGUUUGUAUGCUGGAAUCUCGAAAGCUGCCGAGGUUAAUCGAGUUUGGGAAUCGCUGAAGAAGUCUCGUCCUGAGGUCAACAAUAUGAGCUAUCUUGUUAUGUUACAAGCGCUGAGUAAUCUCGGUGACAUGGAUGGGAUCAAGAAGAUUUUCACAGAGUGGGAAUCGAACUACCAGGUUUACGAUAUGAGGCUGGCUAACAUCGCCAUCAACACGUAUCUAAAAGGAGACAUGUAUCUAGAAGCAGAGAAGAUUCUGGACGGUGCCAUGAAAACAUGUAAAGGACCUUUCUCCAAAGCGAGGCAGCUUCUGAUGAUCCAUCUUUUGGAGAAUGGUAGAGUGGAUUCGGCUAUGAAUCAUUUGGAAGCAGCGGUUUCUGAUUCCGCAGAGAACAAAGACGACUGGUGCUGGAGCUCUGAGCUAUUCAGCUUGUUUUUUCUUCACUUUGAGAAAGCUAAAGAUGUUGAUGGAGCUGAAAAAUUCUGCAAGAUCCUGUCGAAUUUGAGACCUCUUGACUCUGAAACUGUGACGUUUCUUAUAAAGACUUAUGCAGCAGCAGAGAAAACUUGUCCUGAUAUGCGUGAGAGAUUGUUUCGACACCAGAUCCAAGUAAGCGAGGAGAUUCAAGACUUGCUUGAAACGGCUUGUCCUUAA